AAAUUCAUUGAAUUCGAGGAUGCGUUGGAAGCUGAGAAGAAGGACCUGCAGGUGCAGGUGGAUUUUCUGGAGCUGCAGGGAAAACAGCUGGAGCUCAAGACAAAGAACUAUUCUGACCAGAUCACUCGGCUGGAGGAGCGAGAAUCAGAUAUGAAGAAAGAGUACAACGCCCUGCACCAGCGCCACACUGAGAUGAUUCAGACAUACGUGGAGCACAUAGAGCGGUCCAAAAUGCAGCAGACAGGGAGCAACAGCCAAUCAGAACCCGGCUGUGGACGAACCAAAGCGGAGCGCCCGCCGUCAUUGAGCCUGUACCCCAGCGGUGAGGGAAUGGUACGUGGGGGUCUCGGGGGGGCUAGGAUGAUGCCCGGGAAAGACAUCUGGCAGGUCAGCGUGCCCGGCCAGUCUACCUUCUGCUCUGCCUAUCAGGAGGAUGAAUCAGAGUCCGACUCAUUGGCGGCCACACCCAGCAGCACGGGAAGCAAGUCUAACACACCCACCUCCUCCGUCCCCUCCGCCACUGUCACCCCCAUCAACGAGGGCUUCCUCCCGCAUUCGGAGUUCGAUGCGAUGCGGGCUGGGAACCGCAGGAAAGGUGUCAAGCGGCUCAGCCGGAAUAUGGAGGUGCAGGUUUCCCAGGAAACCAGGAAUGUCAGCAUCGGUAUGGGAAGCAGCGAUGAGUGGUCCGAGUUUCAGGAGAUCAUCGAUUCUACCCCUGACCUGGACCCCCGUGUGUACGGAGGAGGAAACAGCCCCUCCCAGGGCAUAGUGAACGAGGCCUUCGGCAUCAACACCGACUCUCUCUACCAUGAGAUCAAAGACGCCAAGUCGGACAUCAUUGGAGAUGUAGAUGCAGGCGCCGAGCUGCUAGGCGAGUUCUCAGUCCGUGAUGAUUUCUUCGGGAUGGGCAAGGAGGUGGAGAACCUGCUGACAGAGAACAAACAGCUCCUAGAGACCAAAAAUGCUCUUAACAUUGUGAAAAAUGACCUAAUUGCCAAAGUGGACGAGCUGUCCGGGGAGCAGGAGGUGCUGAGGGAGGAGCUGGAGGCUGUGAGGCAGUCCAAGAACAAGGUGGACGCCAGAGUCAAGGAGCUGGAAGAAGAACUCAAGAGGUUAAGAGCAGAGGCUCUCGGUGCGUCUCGGGACUCCAAGGAUGAAGGAGGUGAUGAUUUUUCAUCACCCAUGCAGGACGGCGACAUGACGAUGACGCAGCGACGGAGGUUCACCCGGGUGGAGAUGGCCCGCGUGCUGAUGGAGAGGAACCAGUACAAAGAGAGACUGAUGGAGCUGCAGGAGGCCGUGCGGUGGACAGAAAUGAUCAGGGCGUCCCGAGAGAGUCCUCCAAUCCAAGAAAAAAAGAAGUCCACCAUCUGGCAGUUCUUUGCACGUCUCUUCAGCACAUCGUCCAGCCCUCCACCUGUCAAGCGGCCGUACUACAGCGUCAACAUCCACUACAAGUCUCCCUCGCCGGCUGGUUUCUCCCAGCGACGCAGCCACACCAUGUGUCAGAUCUCCACCUCCAACCGCACGCUGGAGUUCUUCCCUGAAGAACUGGCCAGUAAUGGUGUUGCGUCUCUCCUCAGUGACUCGGCACUGUUGGCCCGCCGAGAGCAGCGGCGUGAACAGUACCGGCAGGUCCGAGAGCACAUGCGCCGCGAUGAUGGCAUCAUGCAGGCCUGUGGUUGGAGUGUGCCUUCUCGCUUCAAACAGACUGGUGGUCAGACGGACAGCGCUCAGGACAGCCCGCUGAAGAGACAACAGACCACUAACGAGAAGGAGGACAACCGCAUGAAGAAUGUGCCUGUCCCGGUGUACUGUCGUCCUCUGGUGGAGAAGGACCCCAAUAGGAAGUUGUGGUGUGCAGCCGGGGUGGACUUGACUGGAUGGAGAGCCAGCAGCCAGGAAUCGGUACCUGCCAAAGUACCAUCAGGCAGCACCGACCCCCUGCACGCUGACGACGAUGGAACUGGCAAGAAGAGCAGCCACAGCUCCCCAGAGAAGAGGAAGUCGAAGGAGCUCCAGGAAACAGACACCAUGAGCAGUCGAGUGUGGAUCCUCACCAGCACCCACUCUGCCAGCAAGGUGGUCAUCAUCGAUGCCAACCAGCCGGGCUCACUGGUCGACCAGUUCAACGUCUGCAACGCCCAUGUGCUCUGCAUCUCCAGCGUGCCAGCUGCCAGUGAGAGCGACUAUCCAGCAGGAGAGAUCGUGUUAGAUCCAGGUGACGGUGGAGCAGGUGGAGGCGAGGACACCGGCAGCGUGGAGGGCAUGUUGGCUGGCAUCACUCUUGUAGGCUGCGCCACCAACUGCAGUGUCGCUCGUAGCAACUGCUCCUCACGCACUGACACGCCCAUUAUGGACAAAGGACAAGCCCCGACAGCUCCCCCCAUGAACGGGAAGAUUCACCCUGCCCAGUCGGCCGAGGAGGCCACAGAGGCCACAGAGGUCCCAGAGUCAACAGCCAGCCACACAGAGCCGGGACCUCCAGGACCAUUUACUGAGCACGUCUUCACAGAUCCACAGCCUCGUCCAGCAGACAACUCCGACAGGAACACAGGUCAAUCCAAAGAGGAAACUUCUCACCCUCCAGAGUCAGAGGACGGAGGGGAAGAAGCCAAGAACUACACCAGCGUGGCCCCCACUAUGUGGCUCGGGGCCCAGAACGGCUGGCUCUACGUCCACUCAGCAGUUGGAAACUGGAAGAAGUGUCUCCACUCCAUCAAACUCAAAGACUCAGUGCUCAGUCUGGUACACGUGAAAGGCCGUGUGCUGGUUGCCCUCGCUGACGGGACCCUCGCCAUAUUUCACAGAUCAGAGGAUGGCCAGUGGGAUUUGUCCAACUACCACCUAAUGGACCUCGGGCGGCCACAUCACUCCAUCCGCUGCAUGGCUGUGGUCCAUGAUAAGGUUUGGUGCGGCUACAAGAACAAGAUCCACGUCAUCCAGCCCAAGAGCAUGCAGAUCGAGAAGUCCUUCGACGCUCAUCCUCGCAGGGAGAGUCAGGUGCGGCAGCUAGCGUGGAUCGGGGACGGCGUCUGGGUGUCGAUCCGGCUAGACUCGACCCUGCGUCUCUACCAUGCGCAUACACACCAGCACCUCCAGGAUGUGGACAUUGAGCCCUACGUCAGCAAGAUGCUGGGUACUGGCAAGCUAGGCUUCUCUUUUGUGCGAAUCACAGCACUUCUGAUUGGUGGAAAUCGUCUCUGGGUAGGAACUGGAAACGGUGUGAUCAUCUCCAUCCCACUGACAGAGACGGUGGUCCUUCACCGGGGACAGCUCCUUGGUGUGAGGGCCAAUAAGGUGUCUCCUACAUCGUCCAGUGGAGUGAUCCAUGUGUACGGGGACGACGGCUCUGAGAAGAGCACCGGCAGCUUCAUCCCUUACUGCUCCAUGGCACAGGCCCAGCUCUGUUUCCAUGGACACCGUGAUGCUGUCAAGUUCUUCGUCUCGGUACCCGGCAAUGUUCUGGCCACCCUUAACGGCAGCGUGCUGGACAGUCCAUCGGAGGGGCAGGGCUCAACAGCGCCCCAAGAGACGGAGGCCCAGAGUGUUCAUAAUGUGUUGGUGCUGAGUGGAGGAGAGGGCUACAUCGACUUCCGUAUAGGAGACGGAGAGGACGAUGAGACGGAGGAAGGAGAGAGUGCUGGAGCCUCGCAGAUGAAACCUGCUUUGUGCAAAGCCGAGCGGAGCCACAUCAUCGUCUGGCAGGUGUCUUACAUACCUGAGUGACACCCGGACCUGCUUCAACACCCCCACCCACUCAUCUCCUUAAAGAAAUCUCCUCCUCCCCCCCCACCCAAAAAAAGCUUCCAGCCACCUAAACCUUGUAAUUAUCCCCGGUCAUGUAAAAGUUCCCCCCUUGGCUCUAAAACGACCCUCAAAGCCGUGUAUUGUCCCUUGUAACUAUUAUAUCCCCUACCUGCCCUGUCACCUUGUAACUUAAAUGCCUUGUAAGUACCUCCUCUGAUCUAGUAAUCUGCCUGCCAUCCUGUUUCUGUCCCACCCAGGGCAUUGUAACUAUCUUCAUGAGCCUUGUAACCCAGCCUCAUAACUACCUCCCUCCUCUGUAUCGAUCUUAUACUCACCCUGUAAGCACACUGUAUCUCCUCCUAUAUUUACCUCAAUUGUCCUGCAUCUGCCCCAGUUACUCCUCCUCCUCUUCCUCCACUUAGUUUGUCAUCUGUGAAACCUCCACCUCAUCUUAAAGCGAAGCCCAGAACAUGCAUCAGUUGUACCAAAAUAAAAAUAAAACAAGAACCGUGGGACGGAAAUGUGAAUGACAGCACUGACUUGCAUUUCCACCAGAAAUGUGUCUGAUGUUUUCUAACAGCCAAUCAGAAAUCCAUUACCAUUUACGCCAUGGUGUGUUUAAAUGGAUGGAGGUGUCAGGUGUUCAUGGAUCAAUCUUUGACAGUGAUUGUGAGUGAAUACAAGAUUGUAGUGGAUGGUAAACCAGUUUGGGUUUGUUUACUAUUUGAGGGAAAUUGAAGGUACGACAACAUGGAAUGAAUUUAAUGUAAAAAUGAUGUCGAAUUCAGCACAAAAGUCUGAGCUUCUUUUGGCUGUUACCUAAAAUAUUUUGCAUACAGUCCUGAAGUCACCUCUAUUUGAAGAGUCUCAGUUUGUGACUUUUGCUCAUAUUCUGCCCCGAUUACAAGAAAAAACCCUCAUGAGGAGGCAAUGACCCCCAAUGACAGGAAAUAUGUGCUGUUGUAAAUCAGAAAGGUCAGAAGAGUCUUGCUGGAGUCGCGUGAACAAUGUUAUAAAACACAGUUGAAAAAGGGUUGAGCGUCAUGUUUCGAGGGUUCAGUCCGAGACUCAUUUCUCUCGUCUGACUGGCUGUUGAUCAGACGGUUCGGUGUAAAGCACGUGAGCGGUGAUGUGUUGUCAUUAUGUGUACAGGGAUUAUUGUCAAUCUCCACACACACUGAAGCCCAUCCUCUUUGUUCAGUAUGGAAAUUCAUGCAUUGAUCUCUAUCCGUGUGGAUUAAAUAUUAAACAUAUUUGUGUGCUGACAAAAGUGGACGGUUGACGUGUGGAUGUCUUGCUUUACGAAACACACAAAACAGAACAUUUUAAAAAGGAUUUCAUGACCAGAUUUAUUGUUUUUGACAUUUCCAAUACGACUUCAUACAAAUUCCACUUUGAUAGAACAAAAGAAGAUAGCGCGAGUGUAGUUCCUCUUUCGUUUGUAAACUGAGACAUGACAUGAUGACACUGCAAAACUAUACGCUCCCCGAAAGCUUUAGUCACACGUCAUAUUUGAAAACUUCUGCCGUUUACAUUCAAGUCUUCCUACAUGAAGUGACAAUCUGGUUUACAUCGUUACAGACAGGAUACUGAGAAUCGUGAACGGGUAAAAAGGCAAUAAUUGUGUUGAUAGUGUUGGUUAAUUGCUCCCAUGUUGUUGGGUUUUCAUUGCAAGGACCGUUGCAGGAGAAACAUUUGGGCUGUUUUUUCGUAAUAAAGAUUGCAAAGAGCUUAUCUUCAGUAACAGAAAAGAAGGAUAUUUGUGUGAUGUGCAAAUUUUUACAAUUAAUCUAUUAUUUAAUGAUUAGUAUAACUCAGAAGAUUACUGUACUUUUAAUGGACAUUAACUUUAAAUGCAGCCAUUUAUACUCGUCAUUCCCUGAAAUUUGUGAAUCGUAACAUUUUAUUGCUCCGCAUUCUGAGCUUAUUGCUUGAAAACUGUAAACAUGAACAUGAACAUGAACUAGUGUUCUGGGCUACACAAAAACUACAAUGAAGUCUGUAACAGAAGCAGACGCUGUGGAGUUGCUGAUCAAGUUAUUGCUCACUUAGUGCACGUUUGCUUUAAAAAGUCAUUUUACCUCAGAUAAAAAAAUAAAUUUCAUGAAAAACGCAAAAAAAAAAAAGAAGCAGCAAGAAAGCGAUGACCUUCACCUCCUGCGUAAC